GUUGAAGUCCCCAGGUCUUAAAGUUGCCGAGGUCGAGAAACCCUGCUCUUGAAGAUGGGCAGCUGUUUAAGGGGAAUGUUGAUUUCUGUAUGCAAAGGGGAUGUGAGGUGAGACCCCCCCGAUCCAUUUUACCUGGCCAAAGGCCCGAGUGCAAGGGGCUCCAGGGAGGGGAAGCACCUGAGAUAGCAGAACUACAACUCCCAGCAAUCUUUGCCCUGGGAGCUGCAACCCCAACAGGUGUGGAAGGUGCUAACUUGAGGAAGCUCAACGUGGUCGAUUCUCUUCUCUAGCGCCAAGCCUUUCUCGUUGCCUGCCCACUGACAGGUUAAACGUGAAGAACCAGGGUCGGAAUCGAGGACCACCUGCCCAAGAAGCAGGGCAGGGGCGGAUUUCUGCCAUGGCAGCCCAACCCAUCCCAGUCUCAAAGCAGGCCAGAGAGGUCGUGCGGGGCAUCCCAACAGAGGUGGUGUGCACAGCCUUUGGGGCCACGAUCCUGGUGGUGGUGACCCAGUAUGGGAAGAUGGGGACUCUUGUCUCGGUGGAGCCUGACGCGGUACCUGAAGGGAUCAGCAGACCUUUGUGGACCACCAAAGUUCUCCUCGGCAAAGAUGAGCCUCUUGUCCACAUCUUCGCCAAGCAUCUGGUGACCUCGGUGUCUCAGGAAGCUGGGAACAAGGCCGUUCUCCUGGCGAUGGCUCUGAAGGACAAAAGCCUAGAAGGUAUCCGAACGCUGCAGGAACUCAUUCUCCAGUGUCGAGUGUGGUGAAAAUGGGCCGGAAGGAUUGUUUGAAUGUCAGAGAACUCUGGCUGAGGUUAAUUCUGGUUUGGACGCAAGCUUGAUUGUGUCCAUACCGUUUUCUUCCCUUUUAAUGACUCUCUUUUUGAACAUGGAUAAUGAACAUUUGUGGGUUAGCUGUCACACACAUCAGGUUUCAGUUCAUGUUACAUCAGCAGGCUGUAUAGCAGUGUUGUCCAAACUUGGCCACUUUAAGAUGAGUGGACUUCAACUCCCAGAA